AUGCCUGCGGGAAUCACAGAGCUCCAUGGCGUCAAGCGGGCCGACAUUCACAAACAGGUCAAGCAGCUGAUCCACGACAUGGUCAACAUUAAGGACACCACGGGCGAGUUCCUCAUGACGCUCGAGAACGGCCGCGUCAUCGACACAAAGGGCUGGGGCGACUGGGAAUGGACCCACGGCAUCGGCCUGUAUGGCAUCUGGAAGUACUACGAGCUCAACGGCGACCCGGCCGAUCUCAAAAUCAUCGAGGACUGGUUCCGCGACCGCUUCGAGGAGGGUCACAAGGGCAAAAACAUCAACACCAUGGCCGUCUUCCUCACCCUCGCCUACGUCUACGAAAAGACCGGAAACGAGACCUACCUCCCCUGGCUCGACAGCUGGGCCGAGUGGGCCUACCAUGACCUCCCCCGCACAAAGUACGGCGGCAUGCAGCACAUCACCUACCUCGAGGUCAACGACCAGCAGCUCUGGGACGACACCCUCAUGAUGACCGUCCUGCCCCUCGCAAAGAUCGGUCUCGUCCUCAACCGCCCCCACUACGUCGAGGAGGCCAAGCGCCAGUUCCUCCUCCACCUGCAGUAUCUCUUUGACGCGCCUACCGGCCUCUUCUUCCACGGCUGGACCUUCCACGAGGGCGGCCACAACUUUGCCCGCGCCCGCUGGGCCCGCGGCAACAGCUGGCUCACCAUCGUCAUCCCCGAGUUCAUCGAGCUGCUCAACCUCACGGGCGACGACGCCCUCCGCUCCCACCUCAUCAACACCCUCGAAGCUCAAUGUGCCGCCCUCGUGCCGCUGCAGGUCGAAAACGGCCUGUGGAGAACGCUGCUCGACGUGCCCGAGUCCGAGGGCUCCUACGUCGAGGCGAGCGCCACGGCCGGUUUCGCCUACGGCAUCCUCAAGGCGCAGCGGAAAAAGUACAUUGGAAAGGAGUACGAGGCCGUCGCCGUCAAGGCGAUUAAUGCCAUUCUGGAAAAUAUUAGCCCGGAGGGCGAGCUGCUCAACACGUCGUUUGGCACGGGUAUGGGUCACGAUUUGCAGCAUUACAAGGAUAUUCCGCGGACGAGCAUGCCCUACGGCCAGGCUAUGGCUAUGAUGGCACUGGUCGAGUUCUUGCGCGUCUUCGUAUGA